GUUAAGAAAAAAAAUGAAAAAUAAUAAAUCAAAAUCAAAGUCCUGCAAAUCGAGAGGGUCAAGAAAGUUCUCGUGAGGCGGCUUAGCAAGGCUGACUCUUGAUUGCAAUCAUGGUGGAGCAAUUAAGGCCAGAGGACCUACAGAGGCUCCAGGGUUUCAUCAGUGCCUGCAGACAAAAUCCUUCAGUACUUCAUGUGCCUCAGCUGAGCUUUUUCAAGGAAUAUCUUUUAAGUCUAGGUGCCAAACUGCCAGAAUGUUCGCCACCGCCCAAACCUGAAGAAACGCCAAUGAAGGAACCUGAACCAAGUAGAGGAAGAAGAGAAGUAGAGAGUGAUGUUGAACUGAACAAUGAAGGGGUUAUUGAACCUGAAACAGAGGACCCACCUGAGCAAGGUGACUCAAAUAAGGUCGUGUCAGAGGAGGACCAGGAUGCGGCAAAUGAAAAGCGGUCAGAGGCAAUGAUGGCGUUGUCUGAUGGCGAUUUCCAGAAAGCUGUCGAUUGUUUCACAGAAGCUAUCAAGCUUAAUCCAGGAUCUGCCAUGUUGUAUGCAAAGAGAGCAAAUAUACUAUUGAAACAAAACAGAGUCAAUGCUGCUAUCCGAGACUGCGAUGAGGCUAUCAAAUUGAAUCCAGAUUCUGCAGCUGCAUACAAGUUUCGAGGUAGAGCACACAGAUUGCUGGGUAACUGGUUGCAAGCAGCGAAGGAUCUUAGACUGGCAUGCAAGUUGGACUUCGAUGAGCAGUCAGAUGAGUGGUUGAAGGAGGUCUUGCCAAAUGCAACGAAGCUAGAAGAACACAACCGAAAGUAUGAUCGCCUGAGAAAAGACAAAGAACUCAAGGAGAGACGAGAAAGAGUGCGUCAAGCCCAAGAGGAAGCGAGAAAGGCACAAGCAGAGCAAGAGAAGGCUGGUGGAGCUUCCUUCAGCUUCCCAGGUGGUAUGCCAGGAGGUAUGCCAGGAGGUAUGCCAGGUGGGAUGCCAGGUGGGAUGCCUGAUGGUAUGCCAGGUGGUAUGCCCAACCUGGGAGAUAUCUUCAAAGAUCCAGAAAUCUUGGCAGCCAUGCAGGAUCCUGAAGUUGCAGCUGCAUUCCAGGAUGUCUCAACUAACCCUUCAAACAUCUUCAAGUACCAGAGCAAUCCCAAGGUGUCCGCUGUUAUUAAUAAGCUCUUGGCCAAAUUUGGCGGUGGUAAAGAUAUGCCCGGUGGGAUGCCAGGAGGAAUGCCUGGUGGUAUGCCUGGUGGAAUGCCUGGUGGCAUGCCUGGUGGAAUGCCUGGUGGCAUGCCAGGUGGUAUGCCAGGUGGCUUUCCAGGUGGCUUCCCAGGGGGCUUCCCAGGUGGUUUCCCAGGAGGCUCCUCUGGAGGACCUCCUCCCUCGUCCAGUGAUGACCUUGACUAAGAAGAAUUCUCCAUCUUCAAAUACAUCUUUCUCAGAACAAAGUUUCUCUCUCUUUUUACUAGUUUAUUGUAAAUGAAUUACUACAAGCACGUUUUUCAUGAUAUGAAGUGUUCCUCUGUGCAUGAUUAUGAAGGGAAUAUCUUAUGCAUGACUAUUAUUGUUUGUAUAUUUUUUAUCUUGAUUGUUUUUUUUUUUUCAUGUUUAUCAUUAAUAUCAUUAGUGCUAUUAUUAAUUGAAUACAAAUUAACAUGGAUUUUCUGUUAGAUGGAAUGAUGUACGAUGGGAAAAUGAUCAUACAAUACAAAAAUGAAAUAGAUAAAGGAAAAAUAUUUAUUUAAAGCCAGUGAAUUUGUAAUGAAAAACAGUUGGUGUGUGCAUAAAUGUAAACGUGUAAGAUCAGUAUUUUUCCUUGUAUUUUUUUAUGACUUUAUUUUGCAGACAAUGAAUUAAGAUAAUCAAAAUUACAUAGAUUCUUUAACCCUUUCAGGACAGAAAGAUGUUGAACUUGCAAUUUUCAUUCAUAAUGAAGCUAUCAGUUUAAAUGGUCAUGAAUCUAGACCUCAAAAGUACCUGUAGUACUUUGCAACAGCAACCAAAAAGUGUCCUAUUGCCUUGUGUAGUUCAAACCUACCUUUAGUAGAAAAGUAAUAAAUGUCUGUAGAUAAAGAUGUUAGUAUCAAAGAGCUACUACCCAAUAAGUACUGUAGAUAGAGGCAUUGGUACAGAAACCUGGUUUGUGCAGGAAAGCUAUGACAAUAUGUUCAAGGGACAAUUAAAGACAUAUAGUGGCUGUCCUUGAAGGGUUUAACUUUUUGGAAGGCUGCAUGGUUCCUGUUUUUCAUUGGAAUAUAUUUUGUUUUGCUUUGUUUUUGUUUUUACAUUCCUCCAACAUAAAACCUCAUGCUUAUCUUUCUAUCAAUUGGAAUAUAUUGCUAAAUACACGUAACUAUUGAGCAAUAUGGCUGAUUUUCUCGAAGAUGUAUCUUCUCUGCAAUUCAGAAAGUCUGAUGGCAGAUGUUUGAAGAAAGGCAAAAUUUCUAAAAGAUUUUUGUUCACUGCAAAAAAACCUAUUUGAUAUUCACUUAUUAUUAUUAAUUGUGAGACUACAUAAGGCAUUCCUUACAUCAUCAAGUAUGAAAUUCCCUCCAUGAAGGAAUUUAUCCAAGUGAUUAUGGAAUAGAAGUGAUGUUGAUGCAUAGGUUUUCAGUGUGUGUUGAAUAUGGUAAUGCUAAUGAAAAAUAUUUGUCAAUCUGAGUCCAUAAUUUUAGGAUUUAAGGAACCGCCAUUUGUCCAAAGAAGGCCACUAUUGAUGGUGCAUUGUCGCGUAGAGUUCUGGUGCUGCAAGGUGGUAUUUGGAGAAGUUUCUAAUUUUGAAAGCGCAUACCAGAAGAGUGGUAUGUGAAUUAGACUUCUGUAUCCACUUUUUACAAAGGCUUGCCCACAUGAUUGAGCACAAAUCAAGGCCAUCACUGGGCUUGAGUUAAGAUAUGGGUUUUAUUGUUGUCCACUGUGUGUGGGCCAAAGCUGGGUUGGAGCCAGAGCAGGUUUUCCUUAAGAGUUUGUUUCUAAAUAGCCUAUUAAAGUGAAUUACUAGUGAUGAUUGGAAUAUGAUAAUAAAUACUAUGAAUGUUGGCAAGGUAAUGGAUAUAACAGUAAAGUAACAUAAAACCAAACAUUUUGUAAUGAUAUUUGCUGUGUCUUGUGAUUUUGAAUAACAAAUAGCCUACGUGCACAAACAGCAAGACCGUGGGCACUGCACAAUCAUGUGGACGGACCUUAAUGUGAAAAGUCAACAGCAGUAUUACUGGAAGCCUUCAUGUAGAGAGGUCUCAUUUAGAUGGAUCAGACUUAUCAAAUUUAUUUUGAAAUGAACCAUUAGAUUUUAUCAGCAUUGUAGCUCUUUAAAAGAGGAGGGAUAAUGGAGAAUACAUAGGUCAUGGGUUGAGUUUCCUCUUCUGUGCAACAUUAUUUAGAGUUGUAUUUUUCACAAUACAUAUAUAUAUAUAUAUAUCUUCCCCCUUCUUCACAGAGCAAGCCCUAGUUUCCCUUUCACCAUUUUCAAGGAUAUAAAUAUGUAAACUUUAUUGGAAAUUGAACUUGAGUAGAUUGACAUUUUUUUUCUGGUAUGAAUUUUUCUGGGCAUUGACUAAUAUAAUAGGAAAAUAGUGAAGAAAAGUAAUUAUGUAUUUGUUGAUUUUCUUCUGUUCACUUCUUUUUCUUAGGCAAGAUGUAUUAGAACAUCAUGUCUGUGCUAUUAUGAUCUUCCUCCACUGGGUGCCAUGUGUGAGAGAAAGAUCCUGUUGCAGAUGGUGUUCGUAAUAGCAGUGGGUAAUCCAGAUUUAGUUAGAAAGGCAUCAUGAAUUGUACUGAAGCAGAUGUUUAUUUGUAAAUAAAAAGGAAAAAGG